AGAUGGAAGUAAAAUAAUGUGGAGACAGAGAGUAUGAAGUUGCACAUGCAAGUAUUUUAUGUGCCUCUCCUCUUGUCUAUUAAUUAUAUAAAGAACUUAAUAUUAGCGGCAUGGUAUUUUGUGUAUCCAAUGCUCAGACAAUCUUAGGAGGGAGAGAGAGAUGAUGAAGUUGAAGCCGAAAAGGUUUGGGAUUAGAUUUGGGCUCGGGAAAAGCCGAAGCAGAAGCAAUAACAGCGACGGACGGAAAGCACAACAGAAGGGAUUCGGUGGCAACAGCAACAUCAGCGAGACAAAAUGGGAGAUAAGGCCAGGUGGAAUGCUUGUCCAGAGGAGACAAGAGAGUGCUGGCGAAGACUUGAUCUCCAUCAGAGUCUCUACAUUUGCUCGCUCUCAUCUUCUCUCCGUCGACGCCACCUCCACUUUUGGAGAGCUGAAGAUGGUGUUGUCGCCGUUGACGGGAUUGGAGCCAAAGGAGCAGAGGCUACUGUUCAGAGGAAGGGAGAGAGAGGAGUGCGAGCAUCUGCACAUGGUUGGCGUUGGUGACCGAGACAAAGUCUUCUUGUUACAACCUCCUCCCCUCGUCCCUCUCGCACCGACUCCCGUUCUUUCUUAAAUUCCAUCUACUUGGUUAGUUUUAUAUAUAUCUUACUCAGCACAAACCUUUUUUAUUUUAAAAUGUGCUCAUUUCAUUUUUUCACUUUGUACAUCAAUUACAAUCUAUACGUAUAUGUA